CUCUACCCAGAACCAAUAUAUAUGAACUACAGUCUACAGGGUUAAAUCUGUCGCCUUCAUUAAACGCAGAGACGCCUCGCCCUCGCCCUCGCCCUCGCUUGCAGAAAUCGACGCAUCUCGGCUAUUCGGCUAUCUGCUUGAACAUACCCAAAAUGACGGAUAAGGAAGUUAAGCAAUUUGUAUGUAUUGCCAAUUUUGAUGAGGAAUUGAAAGGCCUCCCUUACGAAGAGUACCGCCGGCUCAAACGGCAAAAACUGAGAGAGUCGUUUAAAAAUUGUGUUUGGAAUUGCACUCCUAGCCCCCCUAGGGGACCAGAAGAGGAUUUUGUAGGUGAAGAUGAGACACAUAGUAAGGUGUUGAAAGCGGAAGAGAGUCAAUCUGAAUCGGAUGGUUCUGCAUCUGAAUCCGAUGAUUCUAGGAAGAAAAGCAAGAGAUCGCCUACGUUAUCCUCCGACAGUGGAAGCGAAGAAUCGAGCUCGGAUGAUUCUGAGGAAGAACGGAGAAGGAGAAGAAGAAAAAGCAGUAAGAGAAGUCACAGGAGAAGGAAGAAAGCCAAAAGCGGAGAUGAGGAUUCUGAUGUGAAGUUGAAGAAGUCAUCCUCGAAAGGAAGCAAGACGAAGAAAGACACGGAUAUUGAGAUUUCACAUGCUCCUGAUUUGGAAGCUGAUGCAGAGGACUUUAAGGCAAGUGAGGUCAUAGAUGUUAAUGAAGAGAUACUUAAGUUUAAAGAAAUGAUGGAGUCACGAAAGAAACAAAACUUGGAAGAUGAGGAUGAAGUGGUUGGACCAAUGCCUCUGCCGAGGGCGGAAGGCCACAUUAGCUACGGUGGUGCGCUUAGGCCUGGUGAAGGUGAUGCUAUUGCUCAGUAUGUUCAGCAAGGGGAACGUAUCCCUCGUAGAGGAGAAGUGGGGCUUUCUGCUGAUGAAAUUUCCAAGUUUGAGACUCUGAGAUAUGUGAUGAGUGGUAGUAGACACCAGAGGAUGAAUGCCAUUCGUAUAAGAAAAGAAAACCAGGUGUACAGUGCUGAGGACAAACGAGCCCUUGCAAUGUUUAACUAUGAGGAGAAGGCUAAGCGCGAGCACAAGGUUAUGGCUGAUCUGCAGCGCUUGGUGCAGCGUCAUAUUGGUCAGGACACUGGUCCUUCUCAUGAUCCCUUUGGUGGAAAGGUUGCCGAGGUUGAUGAAGAUUGAUUCUGUCUACUAUUAUUCCAAUGUCAGUAUCUGGCUUUUACCUUUUAGAUUGGCAUUUAUAUUUGACUAUACUUUCUUGAGUUUGGAAUGUUUAAUAGCAAAUAUUAUGCGUUGAA